GAAGUGCUGGAAGCAAUCAAUUAAGGCAUCGAUUGAACCUUCAUAAAAUUUGCCGGUAUUAAGAUAUGAUGGCCUCGACUUGAGAUCAUCAAAGUUACUUCUAGAAGCCGACUGCCGGGGCGAAUCUCGGCUACUACUUAUCUAUGUAUCAACAUGAAGAACUGAAGGAGCAUAUGCGCCCCAGAUAGCGAAUAUAAUACAUGGCAAGACGAUGCCAAGGCUCUUGCUUCCCUCUUAUCGUCGAACUGCAGAGGUUUAGACGCGAUGAGUAUUCUCAAGAGACUCGAAAUCCCUCACGAGCCGGGGUUGUCGAAUCGCGAGCUGUUUCUAAACAAUGAGGAUCUAUCGCCCGUCCCUCCGGAGAAACGGACAUGGAAAAGCAUCAACUUUGUCGCAUUCUGGAUUGCGGAUAGUUUCAACAUCAACACAUGGAUGAUCGUUUCGUCGAUGGUGCAGAGCAAGCUGUCGUGGUGGCAAGCGUGGAUCUGCGUUUGGAUCGGUUAUAGUGUCGUCGCGCCAUUUAUCGUAUUGAAUGCUAGGCCUGGUGCAAAAUUUCAUGUUACAUUCCCUGUCGUCGCGCGUACGAGCUUUGGACUUUAUGGAAGCUUGUGGUGCACAUUUAAUCGUGGUGCUAUGGCUUGUAUAUGGUACGGGGUACAAGCAAGCAUUGGCGGCACCUGCGUUCUGGUCAUGUUAAGGGCGAUGUGGCCGAGCGUUAACAAUAUACCGAACCAUCUCCCUGCUUCGUCCGGAACGACGACUAGAGACUUCAUGUGUUUCUUCUUGUUCUGGCUCAUAUCCUUGCCAGCUAUCUGGUUCCCUAUCCACCAAAUACGACACCUCUUUACACUCAAGGCCAUCGUUGCUCCAACAGCAGGAAUCACAUUCUUCAUUUGGUGCAUAGUGAAAGCCAAGGGUAUCGGGCCCAUCAUGUCCCAACCGUCCCAAAUUCAAGGGUCUGAGUUGGCCUGGGAGAUGGUUAUAAGCCUCAUGUCGUGCAUCAGCAACAUGGCCACGCUCGUCACAAACGCGCCUGACUUUGCUUCGCGCGCACAUAGUCCAUCAGCAGCAUUGCUGCCGCAACUGGUUUCAGUGCCGUUGACAUUUUCGCUGGUUAGCUUUGUAGGCAUUGUCGUAAGUUCUUCGUCACAGACGAUAUUCGGGGAGGCAAUCUGGUCACCUAUCGAUCUUCUCGGGCGUUUCCUGGACGAUUCUCCAUCAAGUGCGACACGAUUUGGUGUUUGGUUUAUUUCGGCGUCAUUUAUCAUUGCACAGGUAGGAACCAAUAUCUCCGCAAACUCCGUAAGUGCGGGCUGCGAUCUUACCGCGCUCUUUCCGCGAUAUAUUAACAUCCGGAGAGGAGGCUAUGUAGCUGCCCUUGUCGGGAUUUGUAUGCUCCCGUGGAAUCUCCUCAAAGAUAGUAAUAGUUUCACUUCGUACCUUUCGGCAUACUCGGUCUUUCUAAGCUCGAUAGCGGGUGUAAUGAUCACAGAAUACUACGUAGUUCGAAAAGGGCACUAUCGUGUCUCGGACCUGUACCAUUCAGGCAAGGACGGGUGGUAUUAUUAUACGUUCGGGAUUAACUUGCGUGCCUAUACCGCUUAUAUUGGAGGAAUUUUGAUCAAUGUCGUGGGAUUCGCUGGAGCAGCGGGAAGAAAUGUGCCUAUUGCGGCCACGAGGAUAUACGACAUGUCCUUCUUCACAGGUUUCGGUGUCUCCUCUUUAAUUUACUGGGGUCUCAAUUACGCUUUCCCUGUUCCCGGCGCGGCUUCAUCGUUCAACGAAGUGGAUAGUUCUGAAGAAGACAACGACCGCCCAGAAUGUUUCACCCAGGACAGGAUCGAUGAGAUUAAGGACUAUCUAUAAUGCAUAAGCUUACUGUACCUCUUGUCGGAUAUUUCUAUCUAG